GAGAGGGAAAAGAGUUCGAACCAGAUCUCUUUCUCUCUCUCUCUCUCUCUCUUCUCUCUUCUCUCUUCUCUCAUAUUUGAAUUCCGCAAAUCGUAAGUCGCGAGAGACGGCCGCGUUGCAUCGGACCACUUGUGCGAUUCUCUUUCGUCAUCCACUUUCUCUCCUUUCCCUCUCUUUAUCAGCUACCCUCCUUCAAUUUCUUCGUUUUUCAUUGCCGCCGGAAAAUCGCGAUUGAUUCUGAUCGGAACCAUCCCUGAGAAAGACUCUGGAUAAUUGGAUUACCGGGGGAGCUGCUUUUCGUGAGCGAGAUUUGACUACAAGUCUCUUCCGAUUCGUUCGAUAGAUAAAUAAUUUAGGGUUAAUUUGGGGUGUGGGGAGGGUCUUCGUUAGACUCGAAAUCGAUUAGAGAAUGGAGUCUGACAAUGGGAAGGGGUUGAUACUAGCUGUGGCGUCUAGUGUUUUCAUUGGUUCCAGCUUCAUCUUGAAGAAGAAAGGUCUCAAGCGAGCUGGUUCUAAUGGUACCCGAGCAGGUUAUGGAGGUUAUACAUACUUAUUAGAGCCUCUUUGGUGGGCGGGCAUGGUGACAAUGAUUGUUGGAGAAGCUGCCAACUUUGUUGCCUACAUUUAUGCACCGGCUGUGCUCGUCACUCCUCUUGGUGCAUUGAGUAUAAUCAUCAGUGCUGUUUUGGCACAUUUCCUUUUAAAGGAAAAACUUAAGAAAAUGGGGGUUCUUGGAUGUGUGUCUUGCAUCGUUGGAUCCGUUGUUAUUGUCAUACACGCUCCUAAGGAGCAGACUCCAAAUUCCGUUGAAGAAAUAUGGAAUCUAGCAACUCAGCCAGCUUUUCUGUUUUACGUAGCCAUAACCAUGUCGAUUGUCCUUGCUUUAAUUCUGCACUUUGAACCUCUGUGCGGCCAAACAAACAUUCUGGUUUAUAUCGGAAUCUGUUCAUUAAUGGGUGCUCUCACUGUUAUGAGCAUAAAAGCUAUUGGAAUUGCGAUAAAAUUAACAAUGGAGGGAGUAAGCCAGAUCUGGUAUCCACAGACAUGGCUUUUUGUCAUGGUUGCAGCAACCUGUGUUGUUAUACAGUUGAUUUAUCUGAAUAAGGCCUUGGACACAUUCAACGCAGCAAUUGUUUCUCCAGUGUACUACGUAAUGUUCACAACCCUCACAAUUGUUGCUAGUGCAAUAAUGUUCAAGGACUGGUCUGGGCAAGACGCAGCCAGCGUAGCUUCUGAGAUAUGUGGAUUCAUCACUGUGCUCACAGGCACAAUGAUACUUCAUGGCACCAAGGAGGAGGAACAACAAGCUUCUUCAGAUUUGAUGUUUGGGUCUUCAGAAACAGUAAGAUGGUACGAGUCUAGAAAGAGCACGAAUGAAGAACAUCUGAUAAGCCUGUACAGUCCUGAAUACUAGGAAGAAGGUGGCAUCUCUAGAAUCCCAAUAGAUUUGAAAUGUGCCAAAAACAAGCCUAGCCUCGUGAAAUGAUGUCUGGUUCGUUGUGGUGGCUUGUUAGUUUUGUAUUGAUUCUCUUGUGGUCUCGCUCUGUACAGACAAAAGUUUGUCUAAAUUAAACUUCACACAUUUUUUAGUUUUGAGCUCUGUAUCUCUUGUUAGCACUCAGUACAGGUUAUUCUUCUUCUUCUUCUCAUAUGGACUUUUGUCCCAAUAUAUGUAUCUUCAUUUUUCU